AUGUUCCUGGUUCCUCUGAGAGGGAAAAGCCUGUUUGACAGAAGCUGCUUCUGUUGACUCUUCUGUCCUCACCUCGUUGACGCUCAUCUCUCAUCACACACUUCAUAGUUCUAAAACUAGACUGGACUUCAGCCAAGAGGCCGUGAACACGUUAUUCUCACUAACUUGAUCUAGUGAGCAGGUAUUCAGUCUCAUGUUCGUCUGUAAGUUCAUGUGUGGGCGGGCGUCAUUCCCAUGAGUGAUUUUUAUUUCAUUAAUAAAUUGGUUUUUUUGAACACAUCAAUUCAAAUAGCAUAAAUCUUGGCCAUUUUUAGUUUUUCGUUUUUUUGAACAAAACACAUGUAGUAAAUAAAUAAAGAAAGAAAGAACAAAACAGCUUAGAUGUUAAUUUUACAAACAGUUGUUAGAACCUCCUGUAAAGCGCUGAAACAUUAAGUAUAGUAUAGUUACAGCUAAGUCUCAGUGCUGUCGUACACUUUAUCAGGACUAGUGGAAUGCCUCUUCAAACGGCUUGGUCUGAAAUACAUUUUAUUAUUAACGUGCAAGUUGUGUUUUGUCUAUAGCAGGUGUCCCAGGUUUUAGAUUGACACGGUAUCCAGUGGAAUCCACUCCCCAUACCGGGCGGAUGAGUUGGCCUGAAGCCCGGUGACCAGUGCCAGAGAGCGGCGUGGUAAUCUGCUCUCAGGGCGGUGAGACGGCAUGACAUGUAAGCUGAGGUGUAAUAUCAUCAGCUCCUCCCCUCCUCCUCCUCCGCCUGGCGGAGGCAGAGCCACCUGUACUGGGAGACGAGCCCCGCCGGACAGAGAGACCUGUGCUACUGUACGCUGCUCGAGUCGAGGGAUCCACUGACACCUGCGAUGAGAGCCGCUCCAAACAGAAGGAGGAAGGCGUCCAGGCGGACGACUCACUGAGCUGCCCUCUGAUGACUCCCUCGCAGGUGUAGGCAGCGGGGCUCCAGUCCAUAGCCCACACCCCGUCCACAGAACCCCACGAUGGCGGCCCUCUCCGGCCCGCCGGUGUCGGGGCGCUCCCUCCCAGCUCCGGGGUCAUCAUCGGGUCCGCCCGCUCCUCUCUCCCCUCCCGGCCCUCUCUCCCUCAGCCCGUCGCCCCAGAACCGCGCGCAGCCCCAGACACCGCAGCGCACGGGCAUGGGGGUGUACAAGGCCUGCGCCCGCAACGACUCCUACUCCCUGGCGCAGCUCAUCCAGCUCGGGGUCACCCAGGAGGCCGUCCGCGAGGUGGACAACAACGGAUGGAACUGCUUAAUGUUGGCGUGUCGUAAAGGCUUCCUGCAGAUCGUGUACGUGCUUCAUGACUGCCCCUACCUGGACGUCAACCUGCAGGACAACGAAGGAAACACUGCGCUGAUGAUCGCUUCACAAGCAGGUUACGUGAGCUCUGUAAUGUAUCUGCUCAACUACUACCCGGGCGUUGACACUGAGAUAAAGGACUGCCGAGGGUUCACCGCGCUCAUCAAGGCUGCCAUGAAGGGCCGCAAUGACAUCGUGGCGAUCCUGAUCAUGGCCGGGGCCGACAUGCACGCCGUCGACUCCAGCAAGGGGAAGUGCGCCCAGGAGUGGGCCCAGACCACCGGCCGCCACGAGACCCUUCAGCGCAUCCAGCGCCUGCUGCAGCGGCCCCGGGCCGAGCAGUGCUGCCUGGACUACGGCCCCGAGGGGCCCGGGCUCCAGGCCGCCGCCCCGGCGUCCGACCGCGGCGGGGAGAACCUCGCCCGGCGCAUCAAACACACGCUGGGCUGCGUCAGCCCGCAGGAGCCGCGGGACGACGGCGCCCUGGACCUCAUGGUGCGCAUGACCAGCGGCGUGCGCAGCCCCCUGGUGGCCACGGCGUGCCGGCCCCUCUGCCCCAGCAGCCCCCCCCAGGUGGGCAAGCGACGGCUGGCGGUGGCGGAGCUGGUGCUGAUGCACACGGAGGAGGUGCUGCGCGACGGCGCCGUCAGCCACAGCGACGCCCCCGAGUCGCCCGACGCGUCCUGCAGCAGCUCCGAGGUGCUGCCGACCGUUUCCUGUACGCGCGACGGCGAGCGGCGCGGCAGCAUCCUGUCGCUGGCCUCCACCCGGGUCAGCGCCCUGCUGCCCCGCGGCCUGGCCCGGAGGAACAGCGUGGCGCCCGCCGGCAGCAUCCCCGACAUCAGCGUCAGCCGGUCGGGGGAGGAGACGCCCAAGAAGGAGAACCUGGCGGUCAACCAGAACGGCUACCUGGAGCCGCCCACCUGGAAGUACAACAAGAGGAAGAAACCCAAGAAGAAGGAUGACGACAAGUCGAAGACUCCGUAGCGAUAUCAAAUAGAGGAGGUUGGAUCAACUGCCAAAGUGUCGAAGUCAUAAAUAACAGAACAACAGAACCAAAGCAUGAUACAGAACGUUUAUGUCCGUCGCUGCUGCCAUUAUUACUUUUUUCUCACAAAUGGUUAUUCUCCUAAACUGGUUGGUUUCCUUGAAGAAAAAGCUGUACCACCAAAAUUCAUUUUGUACAGAUUUUUUUAAAUGUUAGAGAGCUUUAAUGUGAACUAUGACUUUCCUAUGGGACUGAAUAAAGAAUAUUUUAGAAUAA